AUGGAAGCAUUCGGUUUUCCGUUGGGAAGUUCCUCGUCUCCGACGGAUAACACCGUUUUGAAAUUCGAAAUUUGCGCCGCGUACACCAAUGCAUCUGUUCAGACUGAUGUUCCUUUCCCUUUUGAUUAUUCUGAACUUCUGGAACAAGAUGGAGUUGCAGUGGAAUUGGCUAUGAAAGAUAACAAAAAGCUAAUGGAAAUUGAGUUUCCCACAGCCGGACUCACAUCUGUACCAGGUCCUCUAUGUGGAAUAGAGAUGACCGGAAGCAUGCAAUUGAUUCGUGAAUUUUGUGACAGCUUCAUUUCGUCCGAGAAAACCACACGAACAAGAAUAGUAAUCUUCUCGAUCUAG